AUGUCCUCAAUGCUUAGGAGAGAAGUAGGCAGUCCAGUUCCACAGAGAAGGGGUGCUCUCCAACUCUGGCAGUUUCUGGUUGCACUUUUGGAUGAUCCCAACAAUUCUUCCUGCAUCGUGUGGACGGGGCGUGGGCUAGAGUUCAAACUUGUAGAACCUGAAGAAGUUGCCAGAAGGUGGGGAAUUCAAAAGAACAGGCCAGCAAUGAAUUACGACAAAUUAAGCCGUUCCCUAAGAUACUACUAUGAAAAAGGAAUCAUGCAAAAAGUUGCUGGAGAGCGUUAUGUUUACAAAUUCGUCUGUGACCCAGAAGCGCUUUUCAACAUGGCCUACAGUAGCGGUGACGCCAAAACAUCAAAGGGAUACGGUGAGAUGGGCUCCAACUACGAGGGUGAUCCCUAUGGACCUCAGUGCUACGAGCAAAGGCUCAUGGCCGGAGAUCCGAGACCCGGUGAACUCACUCCCUACAGGCAGGACAAAACCAGGCAUAGCGACUCCAGUAGGAACGACAUCCACAACCACUCUCCCGAAAACCAUACCAUGGACAAUCAAAAGCUAGAUUCUAGUUUUUGUUUCAAUAUAGGCAGUCGAGUUAGUUAA